AUGGCAGCCGCAGCGUCGGUACAUCACCAUUCCGCCGCGGCUGCUGGUAGCGUAUCAAGGGGUGGAAACGCAUCCUCACCCCACUGCACCACCAGUACGUCAACAAUAGUUCGGGAUAUCUGUAUCGAGUUGUGCGUCGUUUGUGGCGAUAAGGCAUCUGGAAGGCAUUAUGGCGCUGUGAGCUGUGAAGGUUGCAAAGGAUUCUUCAAAAGGAGUAUCCGAAAACAGAUAGGUUAUGUAUGUCGUGGAACGAAAGACUGCCCAGUCACGAAGUUCCAUCGCAAUCGAUGCCAAUAUUGCCGUUUGCGAAAGUGUCUCACAAUGGGAAUGCGAAGCGAGUCGGUUCAAGCAGAAAGACGUCCUGUUGGUUCCGCAUCUAAUAGCGAUGCAGCACCAACAAUGGUUGCAACAACUUCGGCUUCACACAGGUCUGAUGUCACCCAGACACCUCCGAUUGUAAAGCAUGAAAGUGCUUUUAUGAAUGGUUUGCUCGCAAUAGUGAGGAACGAAGUUGCAAAUACUGAGAUGCUUUCUGAUGCGUAUUCCGAUUUGCAGUUAAAACAAGAAUCAGGGGAAAUGAAAUGUUCUGAAGCACUGGAUAUACCACAUACAAGUCCACUAUCCAUAAUUCAUCGAUCUUCUGUUAGUCCUGAGCCUCAGUCAUCAGUAAUUAAUGAGGAUAAAUACGGUAAAGAGGAUGAGGAAAAUACAGUAUCAGCUCUUUUGCGUCCACCUUUAUCAGCAUCUCCUUCCUCAAGUGGUGCAAGUUCAUUACUUGAAGAUACCUGCUUACUGAAUUCUGAGCGUGCGAAAUUCGAGUUAUCAGUGCCACAGCCAAUGCCUAAUGAAUUAAAUAUACAGUUUAUAUGUGAAACCGCCUCAAGAUUGCUGUUUUUAUCUGUUCACUGGAUGAAGAGUUUUAAAGCUAUCAGUUCAAACCCAGACUGUCUUGAGCAGUUGAUGAAAUUAAAAUGGUGUGAUCUAUUCAUACUUGGUUUAAUGCAGUGCUCAAAUCAGUUUUGUCUUCCAAGUAUGCUAGCUGCUAUGAGCACUCAUUUAAGUGCUUGUUCACGGAUAGGACAACUCAAAGCAGAACGGUUUGAAGAGGUUAAUGAGCAGAUUAGUUAUUUAUUCAAGCUUGUGCAACGGUUCGAGGAGUUAAAGUUGUCACCUAUGGAGUUCGGAUAUUUGAAAUUAAUCUCCUUUACAGCAAAUGAUCUCCCUGGUUCUUCGACGGACACAAAUGUGAAAGCAGUGCAUGUACAAGCACUACAAGAACUAUACGACCACAUAUUAUCAUUAAAUGCAUCGAACUGUGAAGAUAGCGCUUCAGAAAAUGACAAUACUUCUGGAACUGUGGCAAAUUUAACGAUGUAUAAUGCAGUCGAACGUUACAGCCAUUUGCUAUUACUAUUGCCAACGAUGCGGUGGUUCAAGCAGACAGUACUUGUAGAAUUAUUUUUCUCAGGUCUCAUUGGCAGCUUAUCAAUCGAGACUGUCAUGCCAUUUAUUUUAGCGAUGAAUGUCAUGAACGUCUUCGAUGGUACAACUGGUGGUAAUUCGUUACCAGGUGCCCAGUCACUCGCCAACAUAUUUUGCAAAAAUGAAUAG